CCCCGCACCGUUCUAGUCUUAAAAAAAAUCCCCAUCCCACCGUUUCGCUCCCCUGCGGCAACCCUCGCCGUCGGCCGCCGCCCUCCGCCGGGUGCCUUGCCCCGCCGCCGCUCCUCGGCUCAUCUUAAUAUCAAACGGGGAGAGGUAAGAGGAGAUGACUGUUUAGUUUAUACUACCACCUUUGAUGCAAAGGAAGAGGCGAGUUGAGGGAACAGGGGACGAAGAUGGCGGUAGUCGGCGAGGAGGCGGCGCCGCCGCCUCCAGCUCCACGUACACCGCCCAGUCUGCUGUCCCUGUGCCUGGAAGCUGUCGCCGCUCAUCUUGCCACGGAGGCCGCGGGCGCAGGUGGAGCUGGUGCGUCAGGGCAUAGUGCUCACCUCGACGGUGACCCCGAGCAGGGCGACCACCUGACGCCGGAGCAGGUGGCGGAGGCGCUGCCGUGGGAGCUUCUCCACCGACUGGCUUCCGCUCUCCCACCAGUGGCGCUCGAGUCGAUCCAUCACGCCGCCCAUGCUCGAUGCUACUCUUCCGCUGACACUACUGCUGUUCUUGGAGAGCAAGACGGCAUCAGACGUGGGAUAAAACGCUCAAGGCGUGAAGAUUUCAACACCGCUUGGCAAGCAUUGUUCAAACUUCGCUGGCCCGUUAAUGAUAACACUGGACAUGAUACCUUGGUUACUGCGACUUGGCAGCAACAGUAUUGGGAAAAUCAUUUACAAGAGUGCCUGGAUGAAGCUGCAGAGAGUGCCCUGCUUCCUUCUUUUCGUGGGAGUAUUGGUGAGCUGAGUAUAUCAGCAGCUAAAAUCAUGAAUUCCAUUUUCCAUAGCGAGGACAUAUCUCAACAACACUCAAGAUUAUCAUAUCAAUGCAGCAGAUUUGGUUGCUAUGCAAGGUGCUUGAGACUGCAAAGUGUUCUUUGCACCCCAGAAACUUAUGGCUUGUUUCAAUAUUGCAAGCUGGAAAGAUUGAUGUUCAUAAGGAUUAUAUCAGAGUCCGAGGUUCAUGGUGUAUGUCUGCUUCUGAGUUGCCAUGCAGAGACACUGGUGUCCCUUGAAUUUAUCCACUGCCAGCUUUAUCCUGCAGUCAUGGAUAAAAUUUGCAAGAGUGUGUGCCGAAAGGAAUCUCUAAACCAUGGAAUCCAACGCUUAAGUAUUAAAUCAUCGUGUAUUUGUGGAACCAAGCCUCUGACCAUCUCUGCUGGUCUGUUAAAUUUUCUUUCAUAUGGAAAGUCAUUGCAAUUGCUGUCACUCAACGAUACUAAGAUGCAGCCGUCAUUUGCUAAAAUGAUUUUUCUUACUCUCCUUGAGUCACCAUGUGGUUUACAAACUCUUGAGAUAUCAGAAAACAAUAUUGCAGGCUGGCUUUCCACAAUGGACAAAAGUUCGACAAUUUCCUCAUUAGCACUGGAAUCAAAUAUUUCUUUGAACUCCCUGUCCGUUCUUAACCUGAGGGGAAAUAAUUUGCAAAAGGGUGAUGUUGAAGAUCUUCACAAAAUUCUAAUAAAAAUGCCUAACCUGAGAGAUUUAGAUAUAAGUGGCAAUCCAAUCAUGGACGAAGGUAUUAGAUUGCUUGUUCCUUUUAUUUCACGGGCUAUUCAAAAGGAAAAUCCACUUUUGAGAUUAAGAAUCGAGAACUGUGACUUGUCCAGUAUUGGUGUGAGUAAACUUCUUGAGGGCCUCACAUCUGUUAAACAACCACUAGAUAUGCUAUCUAUAGCAGAUAAUCCUCUUGGGAGUUCUGUGGCAGCUGCAUUGGUUCUUUUUAUGUCACUUUUUGUAUUGAAAUGCGCUUGCAGUUCUGUGGCAGCUGCAUUGGCCAACUUCUUGGGGUCACGUGUAAGAGAUCUAAAUGUUGAAGAUAUUGGACUGGGGACAUUAGGUUUCCAAAUACUCGAGGAAGCAUUGUCAAUGGAAGUAGCUCUUUCCCACAUCAACAUCAGCAAGAACCGAGGUGGGAUCAGAGCAGCAUAUUUUGUUUCCAGAUUAAUAUUGCAAGCACCAAACCUCGUCUCAGUCAAUGCAGCAGCUAACCUUUUACCCCCCGAAUCUUUGGAAGUCAUUUGUAACACCUUGAAGCAGAGGACAUGUAAUUUGGAGCGAGUGGACCUGACAAGCAACAUGCAUUUGUCAGGCUCUGUUUUUCCUGUGUUACUUGAAUUCAAGAAGCAUGGCAAGCCGAUCCUGGUUCUUCCAUCACACUUGAGCGCUUGUGCUCCGUACGAUGAUGACCCAUGAUAAUAUAUUGGGAACUGCUGAAUGCUUCUCCGGUCUCUUUAGAUGGAACUAGAUGGGCAGCCACACGCUGUAUUUGUUGUCAUAUGGGCAUAUGUUGUAUGUGGUUAUGGUUUGUUGGAAUGAAUUGUCGGUGCGCGUGAUGGGGGGCUCUUGGUGAGUGCUUGAUGUUUUCUCCUCUUUGGUUUGGUGAUGGUGUCAUGCUACCUCAGCGGGUUUGCAAUUAAACAGUUUCGUGCAGUGGAUUGGAUGUAGUAUUAUGUUAUGGAUGCCUCCUAAAUUUGUAGUAAUCAAACACAGUGUCGCUAGUGAGUCAUUUGUUGGUUCAUCCUCCUUCGCAUCAUAAUAGUAGAUUUUGGGAGUAUUCCCGUUGCCAGAAGAAAGCAAUGAUGUAUUACACUGUUUUCACCGAUUUUGUUGUCACUAGAUAACUAGAAAUCUAGGCAUGUGCAAUGAGACUUCUUGAGGCAUACCUCCAAAACCCCAACGUUGAAUAGACAAAGAGCCGGUCAGUUUCAUGCCUUGACAUUAGACAGGAAUGAUCUGUUCGACUUGGGGUUCGCAGGCGAUGUUUUUAAAUGCUGCAACCACAACUGCCAGCAUGAGAAGACAUCAGACAAAGGGCGAAUGCUUUGAAUUUGAAGGUCGUUGGCUUCAGAAGAAACGUGAGGACUUGGAGUCAUGGGAACAAUUGGACUGUGGUGUUAAUGGAAAUAAGGUGAUUUUAGUUUUCUUUUCAGAGUGAAUAGGUUGAUGAUGUGUGUUCAUACGGUUACAUGGCACAUCGAAGCUCAUGGAAAAUUGUGUAAUGAAAUUACACCGGUCCAAGGGCUCUGCCAAA